GGAAGACUAAGAACCCUUGUGAUUGCCAAAAGGCCACUUCAAGGUCAAAGUCAUGUUUUGGAAAGCAAGACCAGGGGAAGGGCUGUCUCAUGGGCACCUUGGCUCAUCCUGGUCGUUGUGUGCCACCUGUUUCCAUCCUGACAAGCAUGGCCAACCUGGCGUGGACAUACAGGAACCAGGGCCGAUGGGAGGAGGCAGAGGGGCUUGGGGUGCAGGUGAUGGAGACUCGCAAGACGAAGCUUGGGGCGGACCAUCCCGACACGCUGACAAGCAUGGCCAACCUAGCGUCGACAUACAGAGACCAGGGCCGGUGGGAGGAGGCAGAGACGCUUUUUAUGCAGGUGAUGGAGACUUUCAAGACGAAGCUUGGGGCGGACCAUCCCUCCACGCUGGCAAGCAUGGCCAACCUGGCGUCGACAUUUUGGAAGCAGGGCCAAUGGGAGGAGGCAGAGACGCUUUUUGUGCAGGUGAUUGAGACUCGCAAGACGAAGCUUGGGGCGGACCAUCCCGACACGCUAUCAAGCAUAGCCAACCUGGCGUCGACAUACAGAGACCAGGGGCGGUGGGAGGAGGCAGCGACGCUUGAGGUGCAGGUGAUGGAGACGAGCAAGACGAAGCUUGGGGCGGACCAUCCCGACACGCUGGCAAGCAUGGCCAACCUGGCGUCGACAUUUUGGAAGCAGGGCCAAUGGGAGGAGGGAGAGACGCUUUUUAUGCAGGUGAUGGAGACUCGCAAGACGAAGCUUGGGGCGGACCAUCCCGACACGCUAUCAAGCAUGGCCAACCUGGCGUCGACAUACAGAGACCAGGGCCGGUGGGAGGAGGCAGCGACGCUUUUUAUGCAGGUGAUAGAGACUCGCAAGACGAAGCUUGGGGCGGACCAUCCCGACACGCUGGCAAGCAUGGCCAACCUGGCGUCGAUAUUUUGGAAGCAGGGCCAAUGGGAGGAGGCAGAGACGCUUUUUAUGCAGGUAAUGGAGACUCGCAAGACGAAGCUUGGGGCAGACCAUCCCGACACGCUGACAAGCAUGGCCAACCUAGCGUCGACAUAUAGAGACCAGGGCCGGUGGGAGGAGGCAGCGACGCUUGAGGUGCAGGUGAUGGAGACGAGCAAGACGAAGCUUGGGGCGGACCAUCCCGACACGCUGACGAGCAUGAACAACCUGGCGUCGACAUUUUGGAAGCAGGGCCAAUGGGAGGAGGCAGAGACGCUUUUUAUGCAGGUGAUGGAGACUCGCAAGACGAAGCUUGGGGCGGACCAUCCCGACACGCUGACGAGCAUGAACAACCUCGCCCACACUUUGCAGCAUAUGGAAAUGGCAUUGGAAGCUACUCAAUUAAUGCGCGAAUGCGUUCGCCUUAGCCAACGUAAGCUGGGCUUGAAUCACCCUCACACGAAGGCUUCUGUUUCGACUUUAGACGCC